AUGGCCCUGCGUAGCCGUCGGGUGGGUCCCUACCACUGCGCUAACCUCGGGGGAGCGGGUAAUUUGCAAAGGGGCGGGGCCUGCGGGGCGGGGCGGAAGGCUGGGUACGCGGGGCGGCGGCGGCGGCGGCGGCGGCGGCGGAGCGCGGGCUGGCGGGUCGGGGCACCGGGGCCCGGAGGCCUGGGGGCCCCUAGGGGGUAUCUCGGGGCCCGGGGGCCAGGGAGACGUUGGUCCCGGGCCGACCCAGCCCUGGCGGCUCGGAUCCGGCCUUGGGAAACUCCACGGUGGCGCCAGCGGGAGCGGGGCCGCCGCAGCCGAGCCCCCCAGAGCGGAGCCGGGCUCCGAGGAUGUCCGCUCCGGGCUGCCGGGCUCGGGACUUGGAGCUCUGAACUCCAGCGCCCGAGCCAGACGCUCACCGCUUGCGCCCCGGGGGCGGGCAGGGUGGGGGAGGGCGGCGUGCAGGCUGCGGACUCGGGUUCCAGCCCUUGGGCUCUGGGCUCUAGCUUCCGCGCGCGGUGCCAGGCUCGGGCUCCGGGCUGCAGCGCUCGGGCUGGGGCUCGCCUUGUGCGCUUCCCGGUGCCAGCGCUGGGGCUCGGGACUGCAGCGCUGCGAGCUCUGGUUGCAGGGCUCAGUCUGUCUCCUGGGCUCCGCGGUGCCCGGCUCGGGCGCCGGCGCUUGGGCUCUAGCGCUCCUGCUUGGAUUCGUCUCCUGGGCCGCGGCUCCGGGCUCGGGCUCGGGCUCGUCUCCUAUGUUCCCCGAUGCCGGCACCUGGGCUCCGGAUUCCACCCGAGCUGUGGGUGCGGCCCCAGCCCCGGGUCCUGCGCUCCCCCGGCGCCAGGUCUGGGCUCCGCGCUCCUCCGGAUGCGUCUCCUGCGCUCCGCGGGACCCAGCUCCAGGACUCGGGCGCGUCUCCUGUGCUUCCCGGCGCCAGUGCUUGGCUUCCAGUUCCAUCUCGGGCUCCGCCUGCUGCGUUCCGGGGUGCCAGGCUUCCGGGGUCUAGUCGCUUGAGAUUCAGUGCUUGGGUUCUGGCUUUGAGCGGGGGUCCGCCGGCCCUUCGGUUCUGGUCUCCAGACUUUUAGCCUCAAGGGCUUUGCUGCGGGGUUAUCUCUGGCAUCCAGGUCUGGGCUCCGCGCUCCUGGCUUUAGUCAUGAAAUUCAGACUCCGGUCGCAGGGGAGCCACUGACUAACGCACAUUGUGCUGCGGGACCCACUGUGCGUGUGACAGCGGCUACCAUGCAGCCGGCCCGCCACGGACUUCGGAAGCGGCCAGCCUCCCCACCAGCUGCCCCAGCUUCUCCCAAGUCCGGUGGAACGUGGGAGCGUCCCUGCGCUCUCCUGGUGGCGGUGACGGUGGCGACCCUUUCCUGGGCUCCCUGCGGGGGCUGGGGGAGGGGAGCAGGAGCAUUUCUCUCUGGGCUCCAGCUGCGGGCUUGUCCCUUGCCUGCCGCCUGGGCCUUCCGGAGCUGCCGGGACUUUAGCUGUGAAAAGGGGGGAGGAGCCGGACUCCCACCUCCAGGCUGAGCCCAAGACGCUUGUCUGAGGUCACACAGCUUGUCCCAAGGCCCCCGGCCGGAUCUUCUGGGAGUUGGAGCUCCCCUGUCGGGCUGCUUUCUCCUGUCCCGUCCUCUCCCAGAAGUGGCUUCUGACUUGGCCUAGUCAGUCACCGCUGCCCUUGGAUUUGGCCACUGGGAUAGGGGGACAGGGGGCAAUAGCUCCUUUCUGCCACAGUUGGGGAACUCCCGAAGCAUGGCCGUGGGGGCUGUCAGGCCAGUUCCUGUGGAUUCUGAGGCUUUACCUUUUGCCUAUCCUUAGUGGCACAGUAGUCCUAGGUACUGGGUGUUUCUUAACCCUUUUGUUCUUGCAGGAUAAACUGGCUGAGAAGGGAACCAACUGGGUGAAGAUGAAGUAUAGAGGUCCUGAGGGGGCCCCAGCUGUCAGCACAGUCCCCUUGCCCCAUCACGAGUCCAUUUCCUUCCUGGUUAACUCUAACUGGAAGGUGCCCGACGCCCACCUUGGAAGACGGUGCUCAUUGUAUACUUGAGGAUCCUGGGAGGGAUGGAGACCCUCCCAGGCCCCCCCAAGUCCUCUCACAGAAGUGUCCUGGGAGCGGAGCCCUUCGGAAAAGCCGCAGUUGGGCCUCUCGGCUCCGGACCUGUGCUUUGCUUUGCUUGGAGAGGGCGACAGCUUCUCAUAGCGCCAAUAAAGAAUUAUCUAAG